GGCGGGGCUUGAAGGGAGGCGGAGAGGCGGGCGCGUGUGUCAAUUGUUGUUGGGUAUGGCCGUCAAAAGUCGCCCGCUGUUGCCGUGAACAGCGCAGCCGAAGCGGUACAAGCACUACCAGUUUUUUAGGGGUUGGAGAAGGGGGGGUUUGGGGUCUCUGGCCUGCGCACAGAAGAGGUAAAAUCUUUCCUUUUUCUUCUUCUUUCAACUUGGCUUCCCUCGUGCACUUUGACAUCGGAGAGGAGAGGACGAGGUUCGGAACCCCCUUGGAUCCCGUCCACUUGCUCCGACGUGGGCGGGUUUUGACGCCCACUCGCAGUCCCUCCCCACGCUAAAACACUGCGAGGACUUGUUGCGCUUCACCGGGGGGAGCGCACCAGUCUGGUUGUGCGCGUACACUGCACCUGGUUGCGUUCAAGGACCCAAAACAGAGAAGCCAGCUCGUGGUUACGAUCGCGCGGAACAUUUACAUGGCGUUCAAACACAGCCGAGACAAACUUUCAUCAGGUUGAUUCAUUCCUCUUGCUAAUCACCGACUCGAGCCGCCUCAACAUGUCCGAGCGCGACGGACCGUGCAGCGACGCAGCGCCGGACUUCAUCCCGGCCAGGGUGUCCCGCGGCCGGCGCAGCGGCGUCGUCCUGCCCGGCGGGGCAGGGACCGCCCAGGACCCGGAGACCAUGCUGCUGGAGUCUGUGAAGGCAGCACCGCGUCGGAGCAGCAUCAUUAAGGAUCCUUCAGUGCAGAAGGUGGGCGGAGGCAGAAAGAAGACGGUGUCAUUCAGCAGCAUGCCCUCAGAGAAGAAGGUCAACAGUGCAGCCGACUGCCUGGCCUUCAUGCAGGGCGGAUGUGAGCUGAAGAAGGUGCGGCCCAGCUCCAGGGUCUACUGUCGCUUCUACACGCUGGAGGCUGACCUGAGCUGCUUGCGUUGGGAACCGUCCAAGAAGGACGGGGAGCGGGCCCGCCUGGAUGUCUCCAGCAUCCGAGAGGUGCGAACUGGCAAGAGCACCGAGACCUUUCUGCAUAACGGCCUCCUCUCUGAACAAUUGGCAGAGGAGGCCGCGUUCUCUAUCAUACAUGGGGAGGACUACCAGUCCUUAGACUUGGUGGCACUCUCAGCAGACGUGGCCAACAUCUGGGUGACGGGCCUCCGCUACCUUUUGGCGCACCCCUCGAUGGUUGGUGGAGUAGUCGGAGGAGUCGGCGGUCUGGGAGAAGGAGGAACAAUGGAGGCCAGUUUGGGCAGCAAGAUGAGGAGCGAGUGGCUGGCAAGCGAGUUUGGACGAGUGGACGAAGACGGUCAUGGCAUCGUGUCCGAGGACGUGGCUGUCACGACCAUCGUCAAACUAUGUCCUGGCAUCAAGGAGGCCAAGGUCCGUCUGCGCUUCAAGGAGAUCCAGCGCAGCAAGGAGAAGCUGACCUCCCACGUGACGCGCGAGGAGUUCCACGAGGCCUACUGUGAGCUGUGCACCCGGCCCGAUGUCUACUUCCUGAUGGUGCAGCUGGCCAAGGACCGCGAGUGUCUAGACGCUCAGGACCUGCGUCUCUUCCUGGAGACAGAGCAGGGUCUGUCCUUGGCCACGACUGAGGGCUGCCUGGAGCUCCUGAGGCGCUAUGAGCCCUCAGCCCAGGGCAAGGAGAGGGGGCUGCUGGGGCUGGAUGGCUUCGCUCGCUAUCUGCAGUCUCCCGAGUGCCAGUUGCUGGACCCCGAGCACGAGGGGGUGUGCCAGGACAUGAACAUGCCCCUGUCGCACUACUACAUUAGCACCUCGUACCGGUCCUACCUUCUGGAUGAUCAGGUACAUGGCAGAGCGGACCUAGGUGGGCUGAUCAAAGCCCUUCAGUCUGGGUGCCGGUGCCUGGAGCUUGGAGUAACCGACGGCCCAGAGGGGGAGCCUCUACUCGGUGUUGACUACAGUCUGGACAUCCCUUGCCACCAUCAUCAGCAUUACCACCACCAUGCACCCGUCACCAUCCGUUCCGCUUUGGAGGUGGUCAACAAGUACGCCUUCCUGACCUCGCGCUACCCACUCCUAAUGUACAUGUGCCAGCGCUGCUCCCCUGCCCAGCAGCGUACCAUGGCACAGCACCUGAAGAAGGUACUUGGCUCCCGGCUUUACACUCCGGAGUCCCUGCCGGUCAGCCUGGGGGGACGAGCCACCACCUUACCCACCCCUGAGCAGCUGAAGGGACGUGUUCUAAUCGUGGGCAAGAAGCUCCCUCCAGAGCAUGAAGGAUCCGAUGGGGAAGUGUCUGAGGAGGAAGAAGAGAUUGGAGGUGGGGGUCCUUUGGCUGGGCGGCGGAUGACCAUUCCGGGUGAAGAGGAUCUGGGUGUGGUCUUGGUGGUACCACCACCAUCACAACCGAGGAAGCUCCGCUUACACAAGGAGCUCUCGGACCUGGUGGCCAUCGCUCGGACAGACAGCCGCCACUUUUACGCCCAACGAGCCGUUCACAAGCAGCACUCGCCGCCCAGCAGUCCCGGGUCUCCCUGCACUCCCUUGGUGAACGAGACACCCUACUGGACACUGUGCUCUCUGGGCGAGGGGGAGGCCGGGCGGCUGAGCACAGAGAGCCCGGAAGACCUUGUCAUGUUCACCAAACGCACUUUAACGAGGGUGCGGCCCAGCUCAGUGCGCCUGGACUCCAGUAACCCCAACCCGCAGGGAUACUGGAAAGGGGGCGUGCAGCUUGUGGCGUUAAACCAGCAGACCCCCGGUGCCAUGCUCGACCUUCACAAGGGCCGCUUCUCUCAAAACGGAGGGUGUGGUUACAUUCUCCGACCUGCCGUCAUGAGGGACGAGGUGUCGUAUUUCAGCGCCCAUACACAUGGCUGCGUGCCUGGUGUACCACCGCAAACUCUUCGCAUUAAGGUUAUUAGUGCACACAACCUACCUAAACCUCAGGGAUCAGGUGCCAAGGGAGAGGUCAUUGACCCGUACGUGGUUCUGGAACUACACGGAGUACCUGCCGACUGUGCAGAACAGCGCACACGCACUGCUCUACAGAACCAGGAUGACCCCCUCUUUGAUGAGACCUUUGAAUUCCAAGUGAACAUGCCUGAGCUUGCCCUUCUUCGUUUCGUCGUGCUGGAUGAUGACUACAUUGGAGAUGAUUUCAUCGGCCAGUUCAGCGUGGCGUUCGAGUGCCUUCAGUCUGGCUACCGAAACGUGCCCCUGCUGGACCUGAUGGGGGAGGUCUUGCCCCAUGCCAGCCUCUUUCUCCACGUGGCCAUCACCAACCGGCGAGGGGGCGGCAAAGCCCACCGCAGGGGCCUGUCGGUUAGGAGGGUGGGUCGGCGUGGGCGUGAGUAUGUCACGUUAAGAAACACAGGUAUAAAGGCGGUGGACGAGACCUUCAAACUGGCCAGCGCUCCCCUGAAAGAGGUGAUGGAUCUGCGGGAAGAAGCUCAGGGCACCAUCGCCAGUUUCAAAGAGCAGUGUGGGCUCCCCACGGUGGCCAAACUCAAGCAGUGCAUACAGAGCCUGGCCACCAGGCUGCAGAGCCCCGAGGGCACCAUGGGGGCCAUUAUGGUGCUCAAGGAGGGCUACCCUUGUCUGGAGGCCCUCGUCAGUGUCACCGAACCCACCCGCAAGCUCCUCUCUGCCUAUGACACGAUGAUUGUGGCCCAGAAACAGCUGAUUGAGAAUGCUGAUGGUAUCCAGGAGAGGAUUGCGCAGGUACAGCGAGAAGGCAUGGAAUUCCACGAAGAUCUGCCUCGGCUGGGGGAGAAGGAAGGAAUGAAAGGAUGCAAGCUCAGCAAAGCUGUGGAAAGUUUCACUUGGAAUGUCACUGUGCUCAAGGGGCAGAGCGACCUGCUCCGUGGAGCCAAGAUGGAUUCGCUGGAUGCUCUGAGGCAGGUGGCACUGGCCUGCGAGGCCUCUGGACUCACCUCAACUUCCUCCAACUCCUCCUCAUCCACCUCCUCUGCGGCCGAGCUGCACUACACCACCCAUACCAUUAACAGGCGCCGAAGCAGCACACACAGCAACGGACGCAUCUGAUGUCGUUGCUUGUUUGUGUGGGAUGUAUCCGGUGCAGUUAACUCUAAGAGUCUUACUGUGGUCCCAACUGAGACGUAAAAUUUGUGCUUCAUUUUCAGGCUCCUUGUAACUCAAGCGCAUUAACUCAAUUAAACUUAAGAACCGCGUGCGCUGCUUUAUCAGGUGGAUAACCAUAUUUGGUUCUGUAAAGGGUGGUCAAAAGCAGAAAUUUGGCAUUUUCCCCCUGCCAAACCGCAUAUGAAUCAUAUUUUUUUUCAUUCUUUAAAAUAAAAAGAAUAUAGGAAAAUAUUAUGAGUUUCAAUUCAAUAUUAUUCAGAUUUAAUAUAAAGAUUCAGACUACAUUUAUUACAUUUGAAAAGCAUUGAAAACAUGUAGAAUUUCUAAGCAUUUAAAUUGCUGUCAUUCAAGGAGCACAUAUGUAUUUUAAUUAAUUUAUUAAAUUAUAGGCAGUCAUAAAGAAGUGUUUUUGGAUUGAAGUCCCCCGGCCUAAAUCGAUCUGCCGGAACCCAUAUUUUUCAUAUAUAUUAGGAACCCACCUAUAUUUGAUUUGAAAACUUGACCUUAUGGUUUCUGUUUAUAUGAAGCUUAGCCCAAUUGAAUGUUCUCGUCUCAUAUUUUGCAUAUUCCUAGAUAAAGGCCUGUCAGAAGCACUGUUGUUUCCCAGAUCAUCAUCAUGUUACAUCAUUGAAAUGUAACACGCAGUAUUCUUAAGCAGACGAAUUCCGGUGCAGGUUGUCAACUCUGAGAGGCCGGGUAAUUGGAGACGAUUUUUUGGAAGACGUACAUGGGAGAGGAUCACAUGAACCCAUUUCCUGCGACAUUUUGCGACAGGUUGUAAAUCAGGAUGCCACUGUAUGAAAUGGAUGUAGCAAUAAUAACAAUAGAGAAAAUUGGUUAAAAAAAUAGAUUUAGGCUGAUGUGUCUUUCUAAUCAAACUGGUUGACUCUUUGAAUGUGUGACAACAUCGACUGCCUGUUGAUGAUGGUUAACUUUGGCCUUUUGAGUGCAAAUGUAUGUUUUCUUGGUAUUAUUACGUCGUCUUUUAACCUGAACUUCUUGAGUCUUCUCAUCUGUUUGUUUGGAGCCCGCAGUUUACGCACAGGGAGAACAAGCGAACGCCUCACAGUAAAGCUGGAGCCCAGAUUUGAACCCAGAACCUCAGAACUAUGAGGCAAAUGUGCUAACCACUCGCCCUGCCAUACUAUUUGUGGUAAAUAAAUUAUUUUCUGAAACAUUAAGUGAAUUAAUUUCUCGUGGCAUGAUCUCUCGGGACAGUGAUUGGAAUCGCUGACUUGGUCGCUAUGUUAUGAUGUCAUGCUACUACUGCAUGUUUGCUUUCGCUUUCAGUCCAGGUAAGCUGACAGGAUGCCAAAGAAAUUGAAACAAAGUAAAUAAGAAGAAGUGGCACUGGUUAGCACAUCUGCCUCACAGUUCUGAGGACUCGGGUUCAAAUCCAACCUCGUCUGUGUGAAGUUUGCAUGUUCUCCCCGUGCCUGGGUGGGUUUUCUCCGGGUACUCCGGUUUCCUCCCACAUCCCAAAAACAUGCGUGGUAGGCCAGUUGAAGACUCUAAAUUGCACAUAGGUGUGAAUGUGAGUAUGAAUUUGUCUGUAUGUGCCCUGCAAUUUGCUGGCGACCAGUUCAGGGUGUACCCCGUCUCUUGCCCGAAGUCAGCUGAGAUAGGCGCCAGCACACCACGUGACCCUAGUGAGAAAAAAAACGGUAUGGAAAAUGGAUGGAUGGAUCAAUAAGAAGAUAGACACAAAGUCUUUUCGGAGGGUUACGCUGUUAGGUUUUAGUAGUUAGGUCUGACAUAGGUUAAAAUAAGGUCGUCGGCACGGUACUGUAGGCACUAAGAGGGUCAGCGGCUAGCUAAUGAAGAGUGCAAAUCAAAUUAGAUAAUGACGGUGGUGUCCACAUUUAAAAGUGUUCUUGUUUAACUUACGUUGUUACUAUGCCAUAAGCUUGUGCACAGGUGUCAAACUGGUGGCCCGGGGGCCAGAUCCGGCCCGCCAAUCUCGGCCCCGCGAAAGCAAACCAAAACCGCUAACAGUGUUCCAAUGUAAUAUGUUGAGAUAUUUUUGUUUACAAUCCCAUAAUUGGUCUUGUUAGUGUUCCUCACUAUUCGCAGGGACAGGGACCCGAACCCUGACACAAAUAGCGAAAAUCUGCAAUAAUCGACGCCCUCUCCAAAUGGUUUAUAAUUGCCUAUAGAUGCCACAAGAUGGCAACAAAGCACUAUCUUUGUCUAAAUGAAACGCCUGAUCUCAUUUCAACAUAGUUCUUUUGCUCCAAGAUGGCACCAGAUGGCGACAAAGUACUCCUGUUGCAUGGGCCUAAGCACAAAAACAGCAGAAAGGUGAAUUUUUGAGCCAAUAAUGGAAAAUAGGUUUUCAAACCAAAAUCCAGAAAUCGGCGAAUUGACUUUUCUACGAUGUUCAAUUCUAUUGAGAUGCACCUGUAUGUAAUGUAGAGCUCCUUGUUGUAAUGUCUUUUUACUGUCUUUAAUUUGGCUUGUACAAACAAUACUCAUGCCUUGUAUUAAGAUGCAUCCACUUUGUCAUUGUCACAUCUCUGUAGGUUAAUACAUAAAAAAAAAAAAAAAAAGAGUAGUCCUGUGAAUGUUUAAAUUGACGAGUUUAGGGCGUUUAUUAUCCUCUUCGUGCCACUCUCACACACUCCAGUUUUCUGUACUUGAACCCUCGACCUGAUACAUUGUUUUCGGUAUUUAAAACCGGAGCGUUUACUUCUGGAAAGGGCACUUCCAGCAGGGAGGCAAGUAGUCACUGCCAGGCUCGGCUUGAGCGCCAUGGAGAUAUCAUGCACAACCCCAGCAGAGAAACCGCUACAGCUUUGGCUCUGACUGUUACGUAAUUUGGAGUUUUUAGGGACCACCAUUUUAGACAGGAGAACAUCGCGUUCAGGUGUCUGCAUUGCCCACGUGUCUUAAACCUUUCGAACCUCUCUGUGCUCUUUUCUGUGUGCGACCUAUCUUUGCAAGUGUGUGGUCCAGUAGGGUUUUACGUCUUUAAAAUGUUUGUGUUUCAACGCCAACAUAAUUAUGUAAAGUGUACAUGUACCUGUCAUUGUGAUGUAACGUACCACCUGUGUGGCAUCUGCAUUGACGGUGAUGGCUUGACCCAGUCUCGUUCCCCCAACUGUUCUAACUGUUUUUUUUUUUUUUUUUGUCUGUCUUUGUAAGAUAGAAUGAAGACCAAAAGAGAUAAUGAAAUAUUUAUUGAUGUGUAUUUUAAAAGCUAUGUAUGAAUAUAUUUAAUAACUAAAUGAACAUUGCUUUUAUUUUAAAAAGCUACUGUGUUUUCUAUCUGACAGGCAUUCUAAUGUAACAGUAUGUAUCCCAGGCUUAAUAAAGUGAUCUUUUUACGAUGAAA